UUGUUUAGAAAAUCGUUUUUUGAUAUAAAAUUUUCUUUGAAUGCAAGUUGAACUUCCUCACUUUCAAGUUUCUCUGAGAAGAUGAACUCCUUUGAGUUAGGUGAUGAGUCCGCUCCUCUCUUUCCACUGCCUCCUCAAUUUAUCCUUCCAAAGGAUAAAAGGCCACAACUUUCAGAGGUUACUUCUCUGGAUUCAAUUCCCAUAAUAGAUCUGAGCGAUCCUUCAUCCUCUCUGGUGGUUCAGAAGAUAUCACAUGCUUGUGAGGAAUAUGGGUUUUUCCAGAUUGUGAACCAUGGGGUUCCUGAACAAGUUUGCAACAAAAUGAUGACAGCAAUUACUGACCUUUUUAAUUUGCCUCCAGAGAAAAGAAAAGAGCUCUACACAACAGAUCACACCAAGAACACAAAACUUUACAAUUAUUACCUUCAUGUGGAGGGUGGAGAAAAGGUGAAGAUGUGGAGUGAAUGUUUCAGUCAUUCCUGGUACCCUAUUGAGGAUGUCAUUCAUCUUCUGCCACAAGAAAUAAGGAUUCAAUAUGGGGAGGCUUUCAGUGAAUAUGCAAGAGAAAUUGGUUCAUUGAUGAAAAGGGUUCUUGGUUUGGUAUCAAUAGGGCUUGGAAUAGAAGAAGAUUGCUUGGUGAAGAAAUUGGGGGAUGAGCCUAGACUAAGGGCACAAGGCAAUUUUUAUCCACCAUGCCCAGAUCCAGAGCUAACCUUGGGUCUCCCUCUGCAUACUGAUCUCAAUCUUCUCACUCUUGUUUUGCAAUCACAGGUUUCUGGUCUCCAAGUCAUCAAAGAUGGGAAAUGGAUUGCUGUAAAUGCUAUUCCCAAUGCAUUUGUAAUCAACUUGGGAGAUCAAAUGCAGGUUCUGAGCAACGGAAGAUUCAAAAGUGUACAUCACAGGGCCGUUACGAACAAAUAUGGCCCACGGGUGUCGAUGGCAAUGUUUUAUGGGCCGAACUUGGAGACUAUGAUUGGGCCAAUUGAGGAAUUGAUAGACGAGGAACACCCUCCCAAAUACAGAAGUUAUCGUUUUUCUGAGUUUCUUGAAGAGUUUUACAACCAAGAAGGCUCAAGGAGGAUGGUUAAAGAAGUCUUUGAGUUGCCAAAUUAGUUAUCCAAUAAUGCUGAAUCCACUUUCAUCCUUAUAUGCUGAUAUUAAUGCAGCUCUCAUGGCUACAUCAAUAAAUUAAGAUGAUGAAUGCUUUGUGAUAAAGUUUUUGGAAUCUUUUAAUCAAUAUUCGCAUCUGUCAACAAGCCUA